AUGUCUGAAGAAGACUUCACUGCCAAGUUCGCGGGCCUUGGACUCGAGGACAAGAAAAUCAAGGAGAUUGUCAAAAACAAAAAGGUCGCUACGGCUCUUGCCGAAAUUGCAGACGAACUUCCUGCAGGGACCACUACGCCUAAUGCCAGUACUCUCCACUCAUUAGCAACCCUAUCUAAAGAUGUUGACGCCGAAUUGAAGCCUUAUCGCAAGCUUGUUACCGACGCAAUUGCUGAUGGCUCACUUAAAACUAACCUCCAGCUUGAUGCUGCUUGGAAAUAUGUUGUUGCCAAUGGAGCAGCCUCCACCAGAAGUGGUCUAGAUGAGGCAUCCGGUGUUGGUAUUGUUGUGACUGAAGCCCAAGUCGAGGAGCAAGUGGCAAAAUACAUUGCCGAUAAUAAGGCUUCUAUUGAGGAGCAGAGAUACAAGGCUGUGCCUUCAAUUCUUGUCAAUGUCAAGAACUUGCCUUCUUUAAAGUGGGCCAGUCCUGCUCUUUUCAAGCCCAUUAUUGAUAAGCAAGUUUUGGCACUCCUGGGACCCAAGGAUGACCGGGAUCUCCUUAAAAAGAAGGAAAAGCCUAAAAAGGAAAAAGUCUCUACAUCCAAGAAUGCAGCCGAUGAUAUUGGCUCUGCUACUAGUUCCAGUCGCUCUAUGUUUACCCAGGGCUUCCUUGGUGCUCUGCACAAGCCCGGUGGUAACCCCCAGGUGAACCCUGAGUUUAUGAAACAGCAUCUUGCCUUUACUGGUGGCAAGGUUUACACUCGAUUCCCUCCUGAGCCCAAUGGAUACCUCCACAUUGGCCACUCCAAGGCUAUCACUGUUAACUUUGGAUAUGCCAAGUUUAACGGUGGCAAAUGCUAUCUCCGUUACGACGACACCAAUCCUGAUGCUGAAGAGGAGCAAUUUUUCACUUCAAUUUUGGAGAUUGUUCGCUGGCUUGGAUUUGAGCCGUUUAAGAUUACGUAUUCGUCCGACUACUUUGACCACCUUUACGAGCUUGCUGAGCAUCUUAUUAAGAAGGAUCUUGGGUAUGUCUGCUUCUGCACUGCUGAGGAGAUGAAGCAUAACCGUGGUAUCAGCGAGGAAGGCAAAGCUGGUGGUGAGCGCAAGAACUGUGCACACCACGGGCAAUCGGUUGAGGAAAAUCUCAAAUACUUCCGGGACAUGAAGGCUGGCAAGUAUAAGAAGGGUGAGGCAGUUCUCAGAAUGAAACAGGACAUUACCAACCCAAAUCCUCAGAUGUGGGAUCUUGUUGCAUACAGAGUCGUAGAUGCUCCCCACCACCGAACUGGCGACAAGUGGAAGAUCUACCCUACUUAUGACUUUACCCACUGUCUUGUUGAUUCCUUUGAGAAUAUUUCUCACUCUUUGUGUACAACCGAGUUUUACCUUUCACGUGAGUCGUACGAGUGGCUUUGCGAUGCUGUCGAUGUUUACAAGCCAGCCCAGAGAGAAUACGGUCGUCUUAACAUUACAGGUACUGUGAUGAGUAAAAGAAAGAUUGCCAAGCUUGUUGAGGGCAAGUAUGUUCGUGGAUGGGACGACCCUAGAUUGUUUACACUUGUUGCUAUUCGCCGUCGUGGUAUCCCGCCUGGAGCGGUUUUGUCGUUUGUUGCUCAGCUCGGUGUGACGACGACCAACAGUAAUAUUCAGGUUGUUCGCUUUGAGUCGUCGAUUCGCAAGUACUUGGAGGACUCGACGCCUCGUUUGAUGAUGAUUCCUGAUCCAGUUCCUGUUAUUUUGGAGAACUUGCCUGAGAACCACUACGAGGAGAUGGACAUGCCUUUUAAGCCUGGCUCUCCUGAAUUUGGCGAGCACAAGUUGCCUUUUACUCGCAAGAUUUACGUGGACCGAUCUGAUUUCCGCGAGGAGGCGUCCAAGGAUUACUUCCGUUUGGCUCCUGGCCAGUCGGUUGGUCUGCUCAAGGUGCCUUAUAAUAUUCGUGUGACUUCAUACACCAAGGACGAGAAGACUGGUCUUGUUACUGAGAUUCGGGCACACUAUGAAAAUGAUGUUGCACACAAGAAGCCCAAGACUUACAUUCAGUGGAUUGCGGAUGCGCCUGAAAAGGGUUCUCCUAUUAAACUUUCUGAGGUCCGUUUGUUUGAGCAGCUGUUCAAGUCUGAUAACCCUGCUGCCCACCCUGAUGGAUUUUUGGCUGAUAUUAACGAGAACUCUGAGACGGUGUUGAAGAAUGCCAUCAUUGACACUGGGUUCUGGGAGGUCAAGAAGCGGUCGCCUUGGAAGGUAGAGUCGCGGCCCGGAACAGCUGAGUCUGAUGAGCAGAAGCGGGAGGAAGAGGUUCUGGGAGGCAAUGAGAGCCAGUGGACACCCGAAAGUGUGCGGUUCCAGGCUCUGCGAGUUGGGUAUUUCUGUAUGGACCGGGAUAGUGUUGGGGAUGAUAAGAUUGUACUGAACCGGAUUGUGACGCUUAAGGAGGAUAGUUCCAAGAGCAAGUAG